AUGGCGAGUCCCGAGCUGCUGCUGGACUCCAGUAUCCGGGUGUGGGUCGUCCUACCCAUCGUCUUCAUCACCUUCCUGAGCGGCCUCCUCCGACACCAUGUCAGCCGGCUCCUCCAGGGGGACAAGGGCACCGAGCUGGAGGCCCUGAGCGACAGCCAGGUACUACUUCGCAGCCGGAUCCUCAGGGAGAAUUGCAAGUAUAUCCCCCGUCAGUCUUUCUUGAUGAGGAAGAUUUAUUUCAAUGACUCAGAGAAUGGUUUCUUCAAGAAGACCAAGAGAAAAGUAACCCAGAAAAAUCCAAUGACAGACCCCACCAUGGUCACUGAGAUGAUGAAGGGGAAUCUCACGAAUGUUCUCCCUAUGAUUCUCAUCGGAGGUUGGAUCAACUGGGCCUUCUCUGGCUUUCUGACAACUAAAGUGCCAUUUCCCUUAACACUGAGAUUUAAACCCAUGUUGCAGCGUGGGAUUGACCUGGUGUCUCUAGACGCCUCCUGGGUGAGUUCAGCCUCCUGGUAUUUCCUUAAUGUGUUUGGCCUUCGCAGUAUGUAUGCGCUUCUCUUAGGACAGGACAACGCUGCCGACCAGAGUCGUAUAAUGCAGGAUCAAAUGACAGGCGCUGCGUUAGCUGUACCUCCUGACCCCAACAAAGCUUUUAAAGCCGAGUGGGAAGCCAUGGAAAUCACAGAGCAUCACUGGGCCUUGGAAAACGUAGAAGAGGAUGUGACAUCGCAUGACCUAAACCUUGACAGUUCUCACUGAAAGCAUCAUUUUCUUAGCUGGACGUCUGCAUUAUGCUUUUCCUGCAGAGUGACACAAUAAAGUGGAUUUUUUUUUGGA